AUGGAUAAGACACUGACGUGUACUUCAUUAACAUUAAGUGAACAGAACCAUGCAUUAGUUAGAGAAGCAUUAACAUUAACUACGGUAAUUGAAGAUAGUCCAUUACAAAGAUCACCAUCACCAAAAAUAUCACACAAAACACCAUUUAAAAAAGAAACAAUUAUAAAUGAACAACACCCCAAAUUUCAAACUAUAAGUUGGCCAAUAAUACAAACAUCGUCAUAUUCAGAUUUAAUGAUAUCUCCAAAACCAAAUAAUUCCUACUCUCCAAUACAUUCUCAACAAUUGAACAUACAAAAAAAUUUAUAUUGUAUAUUGAAUGAAAUAGAAUUAUCUGAAUCAAGUUAUUUUAAUCAAUUGAAGAGCUUACAAGCAAAUUAUUAUCAAGAAUUAAUAAAUAACUCAAGUAGAAAAAUAGAAAUUCCAAUUCCAAUUAUAAACACCAACAUUAUUCUAAUUUCAUUAUGUCAAAUUCAUGAAAAUUUACAUAGAUUAAUUCGAGAAGUAUUUAAUAAUCAAUCAGAUUUAUUUAUCAAAGGUAACAAGAUCAUUGAUUUAAUUAAUCAUUAUGGCAUUUGUGUUUAUUGGUAUCGAUGGUAUUGUUCUUUACAUGAGCUCAUGUCUUCAUUAAUUACAAAUAUUUCAAUUAGGAAUGGAAAUUCAGAUAAUACAAAUUGGUUUAAAGGUUGGCAAAAUUUCAUGGAGGGUGCUCAACCAAUAUUAAAAUGUAAAGAUUUAUCAUUUAUUUCAUUGUCACAUAAACCAAUAGAUAGGAUAGUAAAAUACAGGCUAUUUAUAGAAAAUAUUCGAAAAGAUUAUGUGAAAUUAAAGCAUGGAUUUACAUUUGAUCAAGAUCAAGAAUAUUGGAAUACGAGUAGAAAAUUAAAGAUUAUAAAUGAAGAAUCUAGAGAAUUAUAUGAUAGGAAUGCAUAUUUACAGCUGGAGCUUAAAAAGUUGAUUUGGAUUGAUUUGAAAUAUGAAACUUAUCCUAAUUUUUAUGAUUUUAAUUUCUUUGGACAUCCCAUGUUUAUUGGACUUGUUAACAUCAUAUACAUGAAAUCAUUAGUUCCUGUUAUCGAAAAUUGUCCUGUUUUAUUAUUUAAAUCUCAUUUGAUUAUAUGUCAAUAUGAAAAACAUCAUCAUCAUUAUUUUCCAUUCAGGAAAUAUUCAAUAAAAUUUAUAAUACCAUUGAUGAAAUGCAAGAUAAUGAAUAAUGACACUACUGGAUUAUUCAUAAAUUAUACCUACAGUUUUAAAAUAAUUUUCAAAUUAAAUUUAACUACAUAUGAAUUAAUAUUUUGUUUUUUAAACGAGUUGGAUUGCGAUAAUUGGUAUGAUGGAAUAAACACAUUAAUUAAUUUCGUAAAUGAUAACAAUUUUGAUGAAGAAUAUGAUGAGAUUAAUUACUUUCAACAGAUUCCAAAUUACAUAUCUCCAAAAGGUAUAAAUUUACAUCAUUCAGAUUUUCAAAAAUUAAGGAAAAAUUGUUAUUUUGAUGAUUUAAAGAUAGUACAGAUUAAAUUUGAUCCAUUAUUAAAUGUGAUACUACCACCAGACAUAUUUGAGAAUAAGAUAUUUGAAAAUUUGAGAAAUGAAGGUAAUUUACAAUUAAUUUUAAAGAAACAAGAUUUGAUGAUUAAUGAGAGAUGGUUCAAUGAAAUUAUUGAUCCCAGGUUGAUCAUAUAUACAAACUAUGAAGAUUCCAAACGCUACAAAUUGAUGAAAUCAUUAUCUACAAAGAAAAAAUAA